UGGUGGACUAGGAGGAGGCUCGCAAGGUGGUUCCAGCGGAGGAAGUGGUGGUUCCUCUGGGGGCCAAGGUGGUCAGGGCUCCGCUGGUGGCAGCUCUGGUGGUUAUGGUGGUAGCUCUGGCGGAUCAGGAGGUUCUGGUGGUGGUUCAGGAGGAUUUGGUACCUCAGGUGGCAACUCAGGAGGAUCCGGUGGUAGCCAAGGUAGCGGAGGAAGUUCUGGAGGAAACCAAGGAUCGGGUGGAAGUGGUGGUAGUUCUGGUGGAUACGGAGGUAGUUCAGGAAGCAAUGGGGGGAGCUCAGGAAACCAAGGUGGAAGCCAAGGCUCAGGCAGUGGGGGGAGUUCUGGAUUCGGUGGAAACCAAGGUUCAAGUAGCAAUGGGGGUAGCUCAGGGGGAUAUGGUGGAAGCCAAGGCUCAGGUGGCAGUGGGGGUAGCUCUGGAGGGUAUGGGGGUAGCCAGGGCUCGGGCGGGAGUGGAGGUGGCUCAGGAGGUUCCUCAGGAGGUUCCGGAGGCUCCAGCGGCGGUGGCUAUGGAGGCAGCCAGGGUGGUUCCUCAGGAGGUUCCGGAGGCUCCAGCGGCGGUGGCUAUGGAGGCAGCCAAGGUGGUUCCUCAGGAGGUUCCGGAGGCUCCAGCGGAGGAGGCUCAGGAGGUUCUUCGGGAGGUUCCUCGGGAGGUUCCGGAGGCUCCAGUGGCUCCAGCGGCGGUGGCUAUGGAGGCAGCCAAGGUGGUUCCUCAGGAGGUUCCGGAGGCUCCAGCGGAGGAGGCUCAGGAGGUUCUUCGGGAGGUUCCUCGGGAGGUUCCGGAGGCUCCAGUGGCUCCAGCGGCGGUGGCUAUGGAGGCAGCCAGGGAGGUGGAAGUGGUGGUUCCGGAUCAGGAAACUAUGGCAACAACGGAGGCUCAGACAGCGGUGUUAGUCACAAAGUAGGAAAGUGAUUACUUAUUACCAUAACUGUCAAACGAUCCAGUGAUGUACCUACACCUGAAUAGACUACAGCAUAAUAAAAACCUUUUUAUUUAAAAAUGUAUGGCUUCAUUUCUUUUGAUCUAAUGCAAAGAUGAAAUUUUAGGAUUUAUAUUAUAUCAGCUUCUAAUG